AUGUCCGAGGGUGGACGCUGCGUUGUGACGGCGAGGAGGAGGAACUUCGACAGGAACGACACGCUCAAUGAGCUCAUAAAAGGUCGUCUUGAGCAAGAACAUCUAGUGGCCGUACUGGAGCAACGCGCACAGACGUUGGAGUGUUUGCAACGAUGUGAAGAUGAGCUACUUAAUAAAGUGAAGACAGCCAAGAAAUUACUCACAAACCUUGUUAAUUCUCCAAAGGAACAAGCUGCAGAUCAAAAUGUUAAAAAAGCAGAGAAAGAAGCCAACGAGAAAGAAGUCGAGAUGAAGAUGCUUAAGGAAGAGUACACACAAAUGCAGCACACAAAACAGGAGCUCCUUCUUCGCAUGCAAAGUUAUACAGUUCAUCAGGACUACAUGCAGCAGGUGGUAAAACUAACUCGGUUUGAAGAUGAAGCAUCUCUAGCAGGUCAUCUGGAGAAUCUUCUUCGCAUCAGGGAGCAGCUUUGUGAGAAGCAGAGGUUAGCAGAAGAUCAGAUGGACCAGCAGAGGAAAGCCCUGCUGACCUUUAACAGCCAGCAUCACAUGAUGCUUCUGCAAUGCAACAAUCAGCUGGCACAGAUGCACCGCAAACUGGAUAGGGCCCAUUCUGAAGCAGAACACUGGGAGACAAAGUGGAAGCACAUUCACAGCACUGCAGCCAAGGCAACGCUCUUACUGGGACAGAUCAAGAUGGCGACACUCAACCUCUACGAGUUGACGGGCGGUGACAUGGAGGGAGAGAAAGGUGUCCCUCUGAAUGACAAUGACACACAACUGGACAAGAUAUAA